GGACAUAUAUAAACAUAGCCAUCCUCACAAUUACCGCAUGAUCUCGAAUCCUCUUACAAACCACCACGACCACUGAAAUAAUCUUCCGAUAUCUGCUUGCGCAAGAGUAUCAUUUUACACUUGUACACACAAUACCCCAGAAAUAAAUCAAGCAAACAAAUCAAUAAACAAACAAAAAGAACGAAACUACCGCACUAGUCCUCAAGAUGGAGAUGGAUUUGGAAAUCUCGCCCCACGCCGGACAAUCAGAGGUUCAUACUCAAGUUCCUACCUCGCCUCACUUUCAAAACCCCAUGCAAUAUCUUCAUGGCGCAUGCAGUCACUGCUAUCGCGAUGAUGGAAUGGAUAUUCGAGACAAACAAUUAGUUCCGUGCUAUCAAGAUGGAGAACUGGAUCCAUUCACUCUUUUCUUACUGACUCCUAGAUGGUGUGUAGAUUGUUUGGCUCGGCGAGAACUGGCGAUUCGGGCUUCUUAUUGUGAUCGAUUGAUCGAGAUGGAAUCGGUAGAGUUUCCGAUCGGUACCGUGGAGGAGGCUUAUAUUCGUGGUGUUCAUGAUGGCCGAAUUAAUGCCUUGUCCCAAUCAUUCGAAGAUUGUGGAGUAUACUCGGCUGGAGAUAACAGUCUCGUCGUCGAUGAUUUCAACGAAGUGUUGGACACAUUGACCAAUAUGAGGCUUGGAACUGAUGCAGCCAACGAAGAUAAAAAGAUUGAAGAAAUCGUCCGAGAUUUCAACGAUCAGAUGAUGCUAGAGGAGGACGAACUUAAGUACGAAGUUUAUUGGCACUUAGCAUACAUGGAAGGAACGAAAGAUGGUUGUUAUAUGCAAGCACAGAUGGAGUACAAGGCACUAACGAUGGAUGAUCCGGAACGGAGUGAAAUGUUGAGGAGAGCUGUGCUUUGAUGAUUGACCGAGUGGUUAUUGGAGAGUCAGGAGCGUUUCCGUACCAGUAUUUUUGUAGCGGGGUAUAUGGAUUGGUCUUUUGAGUUAGGUCUGAUCCUGGAGUUAAAGGGACCUGAGCAUCUUUGUAUCUGGGGGAAAUGCCUCGUGCACCGACCUUAUCGAUUGCGAUUGAUAGAGUCAUGGGCGAUGUCCGUGACAUGGACGAAUCGACAAGCAUACCAAGGACAAUAAGAAUAAACUUAAUUUAUUAGGUGAUGUUGCGCAAGCUGAAUGAAUUUCUAGUCAUUUCAAGGUUGUAUCUAUAAAUGGAACGGGGGUUUUUUGUCUUCCUUCAAAACCUCGCGAAUCUAUCGAUAUCAACUCAAGCGAGUACCGUUCGAAGUGUUGGAUGAAGGAAAUUAAAUCUAGACGCUGUAGUCAUGAUCGGCGAGUCUAUAAAGGAGUGAAUAUGUAUCUGCCUUGCGAGUGAGAUUUGUGCAACUCGAUAUUUCUUCAGCAAGCCGUAGAAUUUCCAGGCAAGGAGUUAGGGUGUAGGGUAGAACAGGCGGGAAUGGGUGUGCAUGUGUAAUCGAUGGGUUACUGAGCCCCGAGAUUUGCCUGACGCCCAUCGCAGACACGGGAUAUGUACUCCCAUAAGAUAUAAGACCGAGAUGAGUACUGUGAAUAGGAUGUAUGUUUGAAGGUACGAAUAUAUUAACAGGCACAAACUUAGAUUUACUAUGGCAAUUAUCAUUGGACGGUAUUGACUUUUGCGCAGAAUUUGUGAUGUGCUUUAGGACCCCGUGUAUGUGAUGUGAAUUUUGGUACAUCUAAAAGUAUUGUAUGUAGCUAAAUGAAGGCUGUCGACCGAAAGCCUUCUAGAAGAUGGCCACGAUGACUCCAUUUGGGAUUGUGCUGCUGUCAUCGAAGCAAGCAUACGGCGCAAAGAUAUAAAUGGAAGUCC